AUGAGGCGCAGGCGCAGUGCGGCCGACGGGGUGUGGCCAGCUUUGGCGCGAAAGCCGGCGGGAAGCGCGCGCAAUUCCGCUCCAACUCUUCCGGCCCGAGCUCCGCUCUCCUCCCGCACCCAGCACCGCGCCAUCCCGCGUCCUGCACCCCGCUUCUCCAUGGCGCAGCGCCGCCUCACCGACUUCUAUGCGCGCCGCCGCCCUACGGUCCCGGGGUCCGCGCUUCCACGGCUCAAGCCGCCCUGGCGCACCCCGAGUCCCGUUAAGCUGGAGCCCUGCAUCCCGGGCAGCAGCCGCAAGCGCGCCCGGCCGGCCGACGAGCCCACGCGCGACCAGCCCGCGCCACUCGCGCGCAGGAGGCUGCAGCUGCCGGCCGCCGAGGUGAGCGUGCGUGCGGGAAGCCGGGGAGGAGAGAAGCGGACCCCCGACCCCGACGACCUUCCGGCCGCCCCCGACGAUCCGCAGCCCUCUUCUCCCCGCAAGAAGGCCAAGAAAGCCAAGAAAGCUGCCCCCGUCGCGGGCUCCGAGAUCCAGGUCUCCGCCCAGGAUCCCUCUGAGCUCAAGCGGUGCCUGCAGCGGGCCCGGGAGCUGGGGGCCCGGGUGCUGGAGCUGAAGAAGGUACACGCAGAGGAUGAAGAGAAGCUCCAGGCUACUGAGGCCAAAGAUCACCCCCCAGAGUCAGGUGGAGAGAGAUCUGUACCUGCCUACCAGCGCUUUCAUGCCUUGGCUCAGCCUGGGCCCCCGGGCCUGGUUCUACCCUACAAGUACCGGGUGCUGGCUGAGAUGUUCCGCAGCAUGGACACAAUCGUGGGAAUGCUCCAUGGCCGCUCUGAGACCGCCACCUUUGCCAAGGUCAAGCGGGGUGUACAGAACAUGCUGAGCAAGCGUUUUGAGGAACACAACGUAGGCCAAAUCAAGACUGUGUACCCCACUUGCUACCGUUUCCGUCAGGAACGUGGCAUCCCUACCUUCAGGGACAACAUCAGGAAGACUGACUACCAGCUCACCUUUGAACCACUGCUGGAGCCAGAGGCUGCGGACGCAAACCCCCAGCUCACAGCCUCACGGCUCCUCCAGCGGAGGCAGAUUUUCAGCUACAACCUUGUACAACGGGUCCGGGAACACCAUCGGGCCUUUCUGGCCUCGCUGGACCCCCCCAUGGUGGUCCCUGAGGAGCAGCUGACAUGCUGGCACCCCCGUUUUGACGUGGACAGCGUCCCCGACAUCGAGCCUGCAGAGCUGCCACAGCCACCCAGCACAGAGAAGCCAGUUAGUGCCCAUGAGGUGCUGGCACGUGCCCGAAGUCUGAUGUCACCCAGGAUGGAGAAGGCGCUGACCGCCCUGGCUAAGCGCACAGCCCCAGCCUGUGACCCUGCACCACCUAGCCCCACUGUGCCCGCCUCCCCACCUGCAGCCCUGAAGGGGGUGUCUCAGGCCCUGCUGGAGCGGAUCAGGGCCAAGGAGGCAAAGAGGCAGCUGGCACGGAUGACUCGAUGCCCGGAGCAAGAGCAGCGGCUAGAGCGUCUACAGCGGCUGCCUGAGCUGGCCCGGUUGUUACGCAGUGUCUUCGUGGCUGAACGCAAACCAGCCCUUGCCAUGGACACAGUCUGUGCCCUGAUGGUGGACAGCUAUCACUCAGCCUUGAGCCCUGAGGAGAUGGAGCAACAUGUGUGCCUUCUCUCCGAGCUGCUGCCCAACUGGCUGAGCCUGCACCGUGUCCGCUCUGAAACCUACAUCAAGCUGGACAAGGCAUCUGACCUGGCGGGGCUCACUGCACGGCUGGCUCAUGUGGCCCAGGUUGAGGAGACUCUGUGA